AAAUUCCGCAUGCUUGGGUGUUGUUGGUACCAGUGGAUCACUCACUUGCACUAAUUUAUGUCGUGUCAGCAGCACAGGUUAUCUCCAGUCAAAGCCAUUAAACACGCAUAGACAAUUCGUCCGCAGGCAGUUACCUAGAGUUGUCUGUGCUCCACUUUACAUUCCUUCCUUUCUGUCUUUUUUCCGAUUUUUUUUUCUUUUGUAUUUUUCCCUCUUAUUUCUUGUUGAAACAUUACAUGAUCAAGAUCAGACAAUCGCUCAAUACCCGAGUGACGAUUUGUUUGAAUGGCCUCAGUCGGUGACACGACUGACCUCCGGAUUGAAUUUUCUCGACACUGUGCACAGGAAUGAAUUCCAAGCCGUUGAAUACGAUCGGAGACGAAUCAAAAGAAGUUGCACCUCCACUGGGAGACCACGCGGAACAGUGAGACGCGGCCAGCAUUAGGUGGCGCACACGGGUUCUGACGGGUGGCUGGCCGGGUGGCCCAUUGAAACUGCAGUUCACACCAGAACACUUGUCGGACUUGUUGACUUUGGUGAUUCUUUGUGAAGAAGUCAAUCAUACAGGAAGUUCUGCUUUGUCUAACACUGAUAGGAUGGAUGGUGUCGCUCAUCCAGUCCUGCACCUCGACAAGAGCAUAGCAUCCAGGCGCACGUGCGUGACGUCAUAGGAUGAUGGAUGCCGCGGUCCUCACAAAGCCACGACCACCAUGACGGAGAAGGCACUGGAAGCGCCCCCUAGCGGCAUGAUGGGAAGAACCGGUCUCCCAGAGAUCAGCAACUGUGGCUGCCUGCCGGGCAUGACCCUAGCGGAGACAGCGUCCCUGUCGAUGGAAGCGCCGCCGCUGUACAGCCAGGGACUGCUGACGGUGGAGCAGUUGUCGCAGGUGGCGGUGGACGCAGACAUCCAGGCCGCCGUCAGCGAGUUCCUCAGUGGCCUCAGCACGCAGAUGUUCGCCCGCAUCGUGCGCAACGGCUCGGCGGAAGUCGGUGGAUGGCUGGGCGCCAAGAUCCAGGGCGAGCGGAACGGAUGGACCACGCGGCUCAAGAUGGCGAUGGGAGAGAUUGAGCUGCACCGCAAGCACGCGCUUCUGUGGGGGUCCGCGCUUCUCGACACAUCCGACCACCUCGCCUUGCUGGACUUCCUGAACGUCGUCCCGCAGGAGCCCACGGUGCCGGAAGUGACGCUGGAUAACAUGGCCGAGAGCGUUCACAAGCUGGUGGAUGCGAUUUCUGAGCGAUGCUCGACUUUGCUGGAAGAUCGUUUCGAGUGUUGCCAAGCUCUCAACGCCACCAUUCCACCCCCAGCAAGGGUGUCCCCAGUUCUGAACGAGACGCUGAAGAAGCUAGAGCAGGAACUGGCACGCAUUGAAGACGAAGCGGUGCAAGCUGAGGUUGAAAGUUCAAAAGUCAGGAACGAAAAUGCCCGGAUGUUGGCGGAGGUGAGCAAGUCUCAAGAAGAGAUGAAAAAGAAGCAAAGCGAAAUGGAAAUGCUGAAAGUGCAGUUGAAAGAAAUUGGAAAAGUAGUGAAAGUCAGAAAACACACAACGGCGGAAAAGGGUGUGGACACCAGCAGCGACUUCAACAGCUUGAAGACGAUCGUGCACGCCGACUGCGUGGGGCGAGUGACCACGCAGUCCCAAGGUGUUAACACCCUCUCAACCAAAAGAGAAAACAUGUUCACGCAGACGACACGCCAGCCCUCUAUAAUCGAGAUCUCCGAAGACAAGCUUCGGAUCUUGAAAGACCGAGCCAAGAAACUCGAGCACUCCAUACACGAUGCCAUCAGCAGCAUGGACAAGCUGAAGAAGGGCAUCUUGUAUGAGGGUUCUCCCAAGGAAGCCUUAAAGACCUCCCGUACGACUUCAAAACUCUCCCUCCACGAAGCCACUAAAGGCAGCUGUGUACAGAACUGGGUCAUGACCUCCUCCUUCGAAGUGACUAACAGAAGAAAUACCUCACACGUCAUCGCUGCCCCAAAGGUCAGGCACGCGCCGAAAGCUUCGGACCGGAAGUGCUUUUCCGAGAGACCGCCGAGCAGAGUGAUUGCUCGUAACGACGACGGCGACUUGGUCAGCGACCAGGGCAAGGUCAAAGGUAGCGAUCACAGGAAGUUGUCUCGCUCCAGGGGGGCGCAGGUCGCUAAGUGUCUGCGAUGUCAGAAGCUGUUCACAGCAACAGACAACCACAAGCUGGCCUGCUGCUUCCACGCCCAGGACAAGGAGCGGGUGGAGGUGUACUCCGACGGUGGCCGUCUUCUGAAGGUGCAGUACAUAUGGAAGUGCUGCAGCCAGCAGGCUGAGAACGACGGUUGUUGCUGUGGACACCACAUUUAGCAUCCGCCACGUUCUAUUCCACUUCAGAAGCGUGAAGUCCAAUGGUCUCUGUCCAGUGCUAGCAUCCGAGGACGGAGGCGUGAGCCCUGGCUAGUUGAAUCCCAAGUGUACUUGCCACAGUCGACAGAUGGGUUCCUGACUCUUUAGAGGUUUGGGAAAGAAGAGAGGGGACCGGCCUCACUACAAGAUGUUCUAGGAAAAGUACAGUUUCUGACGACCCUGAAAACUUACUUCCUAAAGACUACAAGGCAUCGGACUAAGUGUACCAUACAUUUUAUGACCCCACUUCAUCAUAAUUAGAAUCCUUGACCGUUCUAAUUUUAAAACUUCAGGGAGUAGAAUAAAGGAACCUACUUGCACUUCGAUCUCUUACACAGGGUUCAUAAGCGCAAGUCGACACCCACCUUUUCCCCAAGUGCAAUAAAUCCUAUUAAAGCACAACUGGAAAAGUCUGGCGAUGUGGUCGUAAUCUUCUAGUUGACAAGUGCCGGGCAGAUUGCCCCAAGACUUCGCAAGGGGAAGUUUGCUAGAGCUCAUUUCCCUGACAAAUCUUAUGAUACAAGUCGAAUUGCAAGGAGGGAACGAAAACAAACUUGUAAUUUUGACUGUUUGCCUGUAUGCUUAAAUCCGCUGAUACAAAACAGAUCGUUCAAGCGAAGAUGUGAUAUAUAAUACAGUCCUUAGUAGAAUUCCCUCUUUA